UCACAUGCAGACUAGUCCCGCGAUGACUUGGUCGCCUCCCCCGCUGCCAGCGAAUCGCAGCCGUCCAGACAACCACCAACCGCGCCACCGACCGUCCGAUCCAUGCCUAACGGCUUUCCCUUUCCCCACCUCGGCUUCUUCUUCGAGGAGUCCCCUCGCCGGCCCGCGAUCUCCGCAAACCCCUCCGCCGGCGCCGAGCACACUCCGGCGGGCUAUGAUGGCCGGCCGCACUCCCCACUACCAUAGCCACAACAGCAACGGCCAGAGGUUCCGCCGCCUCAUCCCGUGCGUCCUCUUCGUCGUGUUCGCCGUCCACGCCGUCUCCUUCGCGCUCUACCUCCUCCUCCAGUCCCACCACCCUUCCCCGCGCCCCGCCGAGCCCGAGGACCGGGUCCAUGAGGAGGAGGAGCAGUCUUCCUCCCAGAAGCCGUGGCCGCGGCUCCCCUCCUUCCUCCCCUGGGCCGCCCACCCCGCGCCGCCGGCGCACUCCUGCGAGGCCUACUUCGGGAACAGCUUCUCCCGCUUCGUGGACGUCCUCCGCCCCGAGGGACGCGGCGGCGGCUGGUUCCGGUGCCACCAUAGCGAGACGCUGGGGAGCUCGAUCUGCGAGGGCGCGCGCGUGCGGCUCGACCCGGCGCUCAUCGCAAUGUCGCGCGGCGGCGAGCCGAUUGGGCAGGUCAUGGGCCGCGCGGAGGGGGAGGAGCUUCCCAGGUACGAGCCCGGCGCGUUGGAGGUGGAGGGGGUCGCGGCGGGGAGGACGGGGCCCUUGGUGGAACCGGGGUUCCUCGACACCUACGUCCCCACCAACGGGAUCGGGACGCACACCAUGAGAGCUCUGCUCAACUCAGCGCGUGUUGUGCCACCCGGUGAGCUCCACUGCUCCCAGUGGAUUGAAGAACCGACACUUCUGGUCACACGAUUUGAGUAUGCAAACCUUUUCCACACGAUCACAGACUGGUACAGUGCAUAUGUGAGCUCCAGAGUCACAAAUUUACCUAAACGUCCUAAUGUUGUUUUCGUGGAUGGGCAUUGCAAGGCACCACUGGAGCAAACAUGGGAAGCACUUUUUUCGAAUGUGACGUAUGUUAAGAACUUCGCUGGUCCUGUUUGUUUCCGACAUGCAGUUCUUUCACCACUGGGCUAUGAGACCGCUCUAUUUAAGGGGCUUAGUGAAAGCUUCAGUUGUGAAGGUGCUUCCGCUCAAUCACUUAGGGAAAAACCAGAUCACCAGAAAACUGCAAGGUUGUCUGAAUUUGGGGAGAUGAUUGUAGCUUCUUUCGGUCUUCUGGGGGAUGGCGUCGUGUCAUCCAAGAGAUCAAACGGGCUCAAUAUUCUCUUUGUUCGGCGAGAAGACUACUUGGCCCACCCACGUCACAGUGGAAAGGUUGAAUCUAGACUAAGCAAUGAGCAGGAGGUAUUUGAGGCAGUUGAGAGCUGGGCAAAAGGUCUGGAGUGCAACGUAAAUGUCGUCAAUGGUCUUUUUGCGCACAUGAAUAUGACUGAGCAACUCCGGGCUAUCCUGGAAGCCUCGGUAGUGAUAGGGGCUCAUGGAGCUGGUCUAACACACUUGGUUUCAGCUACACCGGACACAAAAGUUCUCGAGAUCAUCAGCAGCAUGUAUCGGCGACCACACUUUGCAUUGAUCUCGCGCUGGAAGGCGUUAGAAUACCACGCCAUAAAUCUCCCUGGAUCGCAUGCGAGGAUCGCGGAUGUCAUCAGUGAGUUGGCGAAUAUACUGAAAGAUCUCGGAUGCUGAAACAGAGGUAUUCUUGCUGUUGAGGUAUCCAUCAUGAAGUGUCGCCACAUGACAGGCUGGGUAGAUAUUCUGUUCAGGUCAUAUAUACUGGUCACACUAACCACACCCGUGCUUGCAGUUUCAGUUGGAGAACACCUUGUGCUGACCAAACAUUCCUCCCGGGUUCUCUCCAAAGGAAUUUUGAAUUUUCUGCUGCCAAAUGUAGAGCCAGAUUUCCACUGAUAUAAUCUUUACAUCCAUUCUUUACGAUGCCUCGAUGCACCGGUCCAUGAGUCCGACCAAACUGUAACUGUAACUUUAUCGCUCCAGCUUGAACAUUCUUGUAGUCCCAAUUUGUUAGUGCUCAGUGCAUGCAUCCCACAGUCCGGACGGUUGUUGGAACACCGGCUGGGGAACAUUCUUUUUGAACCUUGGCCUGCCUGAUGAACAUUCUUGUGCA